UUCCACUGGCGCUGAAACUCGAGAGAGAAGUGACAGGUAGGAAGACCGUUGUGUAGCUACGAGACCAGACAGACUCACAUAAGACAAAAAUGUCAAACUCAUGAAAGAAAAUGGUUCAUAGAAAAGUCGACAGUUGGUGAGAGAGACCGUUAUAAAAGUUUUGAUGGGAAGUUGCCAGAGAAAUGCAUAUUAGUUUGAGAAUACACUUUACAACUUCGAUGUGGAUAAUUUCAUAUUUAAGGUCACAAUGAGUGGACAGCAAACUUUUUUAAACUUAAAAUUGUCAUAACAAAAAUGAAUUUAUAGCCCAUAUAAAAUACGUGGGGCAGUGUCAGAAUGAUUUGUCAACGGAAGGCGCUUGUCAUUGGAGGAUGAUCACUAAAUUAGAUCAGAAUACAUGCCAGAAGGAAGUUGUGGAUGUGUUCAACGGGUCGAGACAUAAUACUCCCUUGAUCACAGACACUUUCUAUCCCUCUUCAAAUGAAAUAGCCUACAAUCUCAGUUCAUCAUGCAUAGAAGGAGGAUGCUUCGGGCACUCCCUGUUUUUAUAUUAAUGUUCUUCAUCGUUUUAAUCGUGGACUUUCAACUAAGGACGCGGAGUCUCCACAAACUCAAUUCUAUUCACAAUCCGUUCGGGGGAGACUUACUGCGCUCGAUUCAAGAGACGCCUCUCUCCGCGGCAAAGGAGUCACCAAAGCCGGCCAAGUUUCCUCGACAACCCGCCGCUGUCUCUACUAUGAACCAGACUGUUGGUGGCUUACAAGCGGAGAUACAGAGAAGGAGAGACAAGUUGAGGGCUUUGGAACAGAGAAGGGUUGUCAUAACUCCAUCCCUGUUGAGGUUAACGGACAUCUUCCUCGCGGUGAAGAGCACCGGGAGGUUCCACGGCACGCGCCUCUCUCUCCUCCUCGAGACGUGGAUCUCCAAGACCAAGGAGCACACGUUCAUCUUUACAGACACGGAGGAUGAAGACAUCAACUCCAGAGGUUACAAUGUGAUUGUGACAGAUUGUCCGUCGGACCACAGUCACCAGGCUCUGUCCUGUAAGAUGUCUGCUGAAUAUGACCACUUCAUGGCCUCCGAUAAGAAGUGGCUGUGUCAUGUUGACGAUGAUAACUACGUGAAUCCUGGAGCUCUUCUCUCGCUGCUCUCAGCCUUCCCCCAAGACGGUGAUGUCUACGUGGGCAAGCCCAGCCUCGACCACCCCAUCAAGGCCCAUGAACUACUGGAUGGCAACAAGACAAAAGAAGUGCAGUUCUGGUUUGCCACGGGAGGAGCAGGCUUCUGUCUGAGUCGCAGACUAGCUGAGAAGAUGGCUCCAUGGGCUAGUGGUCCCAGGUUUGAGCAGACGUCAGCAGUGAUCCGUCUGCCAGAUGACUGUACAGUAGGAUUCAUCGUAGAGAGAAGACUGGGGAUAUCCAUGGUCCACAGUUCAAUGUUCCACUCUCACCUGGAGAACCUGCUACUGCUGACGCAAUAUACCAGCAAUAUACCUCUACAGGUGACUCUUAGUUAUGGGCUGUUUGAGAACAAGAUGAACAGUGUGGAGCUGAAUAGACUCUUCUCCAAGGAGGAUGAUCCCUCCAGGUUUAAGACGGUCCACUGUCUACUCUAUCCACUGACCAGCUGGUGCCCUUGAAGACUCCAACUCCCAGCAGCACCUGUGCCUCCUGAGACUUUCCCAAAUGGUGUCAGCACUUCCUGGAUUCUCUGGGUGUGUCUCAAUAAUCUCUCUUUUCUCCUGAAGUGUACACUCGUUUACUACUUCCAACAAAUCUAAAAGUGAUGGGUUGGUCGAGGUAUGGGCUAGUGGGGGUUUCACCCUUGCGUCUUACCCUGGUCAUUAACUUUGAAAUCAGUGUACAAACUUUGGGAGCAAGGAGAGAUAAUUGGGACACAGCCCUGGUUUUACAUGGAAAUAACAGGGACGACAAGCACUAGUCUGGUGCAGAAUGCAGCCUGCACUUCCUGUAGCCUAUCGACUUAUUCUAGGAGUUCUAGGAGCCCCCCAGAGCCCUUACCAAGACUAGGAGCCCUCCAGAUCC